UGAGUCGUUCGGGGUGGGGGGAGGAGGCGGCUCCCCCCCCACCUCCGCUUGUCGGGACUGCAUAGCAAUGGACGAGGCGGCGGCGGCAACAACAACAACGGCAGUAGCCGCCGAGAGGCCAAAACAACAGCAGCAGCAGCACGGAGACGCGGACGACAUGAUCGUGUUGGACGGAAUCGUUGAGGAAGGAGUGCCCCUAAACUCGCCGUGGACCUUCUGGCUGGACAGGUCUGUUCGUGGGAUAACGGUAACUGAAUAUGAAUCCAAUCUGAAGAAAAUAUACACAGUUCGCUCGGUGGAGGGUUUUUGGAGCGUGUACAACAACAUCCCUUCCGUGGAGUCACUGCCUGUUCGCUGCACAUACCACCUGAUGCGCGGGGAGCGCCAGCCCCUUUGGGAAGAUCCCAGUAAUUGUGGAGGAGGCAUUUGGAAGAUGAAAUGUACCAAAGAGCAGACGAUCACUGUGUGGAAGGAACUGUUGCUGGCGACGAUCGGGGAGCAGUUUUCCGACAGUUGCGAAAAGGAUGACGAAGUGGUCGGAGUGAGCGUGAGUAUCCGCGAGCGAGAAGACGUCAUACAAGUGUGGAACAAGAACGCCCGCUUGGCCGACAGAGCUGCGGUUCUGCCCAAGCUCUUUUCCCUACUGCCGUCUGUCGGAUUCAAGGGCGUCUUUUACAAAGAACACGAAGAGCACGAUGCGUUUGAGCGAGGACGGACACAAAGGCACCAUGGUGGUGGUAGCGGCGGUGGGGGUGGCUUUUACAGGAAUCACGAGUGAGAUGGGUGCCUCGCACACAUAGGAAGAAGAAUCGUGGUGGUUGUUUUCAACCGCGUAUGUUUAGCUCUGCCGUCCACAGAUGCAUUAUCUCUCUCUCUAGCGCGCGGACGCAGCAGGCUCGGGGUGACUGUCCCGUGUGACAUAACUGCACAUUAUGGAGGCGCGUGGGAUGCUGCUUUGUUUUUAAAAAAUUUGUACUGUCAAGCAAAAAAAAAACAACCAUUGACCACUAAAAUUUAACCCGAGUGUCACUUUUCGUAGGAUGUUAUUUUGGGAAGCAAUUGGCACUUUUGUAAAAAUAAAUCAAAUUAAGUGGGGUAGUACUGAUGAGAGCGUGGUACAGAUUAAUACGAGUUGGACGUGUACCUACGCAAACCCAUUGCCACUUUUUGGAUUCACGUCAUGCGCAGAUGCGCGUUUGGUUCACCUUCAGCCGAGGCAAGAUGGUGCACGUAAACAAAUGUGGGCCAAAGAGGAAGAAGGAUUUUUUUUGCACAUUUUCGUCAAAGUUUUCCAUACAAAAAAAACCCGGAUUGUUUUACUGAGCCGGGAUGUUGUUUCACUUUGACAGUUUUUCGAAUGCGUUAGGUAGUGUGGAAAAAAAAAAGUUAUAUUUUCCUUUAGGGGGCAUUUGUUUGUAUGUCUUUGUUGAAUGCAGCGCAACAAACACGUAUGGAUGUUUUUUUUGUCGAUGAGUUUUCAACUUUGUCGUUUGGUGAUCUAUCAUAAAAAGUGAAGUGCAAAGCCUAGAGAGGUCACUGCUUGAAAUGGUGCUAGCAUUGGACAGAUAAUUUGUCAUAUUACUUAAAACAGUAUUAGCGAUCAUAACUUUUCAUGUCAGUUGACAUAACUCACCUCUCAAAACAUCACGCGUGUUUUUUUAUGAACAUUAUUUGCCGGACUUCUUUAACCUGAUAAUCUGGUCAAUAUGCUUAUUUGUGGCUCUACCAUUUCAUUUUGUGUUUGUCAGAGUAAGGCUUUACAGACUGGUCAUUUGUACAGCCAAGAGUGAGUUUGUAGUGGUAAUCAAAGACGGACAAAGCUCUGGACAGAAGGAUUUAAGCUUUUGGACGGAAACAUUCUGCACUUGGACUGAAGGUGGAUCUGUAAAUGCUACGUGCAUCUGCUAAAUCAACAACUUUUUCAGUGAUGGUGAUUUCUCCUCUAGUAAUAGCACUUUGCAUUUUUAAAUAAUGUUUUGGUGUAACUUUAAAGGUUAAACACACACUUUACCACUACCAUGGUGCAUAUUAAUUUGAAUCUUGCAUUAGUUCAUAAUAUAGGGGAAUGGAGUUUACUUUCAACAGCAUGCAAGACAUGUGGAAGUGGAUCAGUAUGAUGAUGUUGAUUCCAUAAAGCCGGGUUUCAAUUAAAUGGAUUUAGCAUUUUAAACAAAUAUUGCUCUUUCUAUUAAAAAAAAGAAAAAAAGAUUUCAGCUAUGCAUGGAACAUGGGUUAAAAUUGCUCUCUGAAAGUGAGCCUCCUUGUGUAUUUUGUACAUAACUUUGUGUAAAGUUGUAAUCCACGCUGGCAGUUUGUGUUCACGAGCAAAGGUUUGUGCGGCGGAAGUCAGGUCUGUCACGGCGUGGGAUGGCACUGAGCAUCGCUCCACUGGAGUGCCGUCGCAGUGCCUGCUGCUGCUGCUGCUGCAUCAAAAGCAACGGAGUCGCAAGGCCACGACUGGCAGAGCGCAAAAGAUCAGCACGUGCCCCCAUCAUCGGCAGCCUACCCACGCCGGUGCACAGCGCCGGUUGUUGGGCACGACGUGGGUGGUGGCGUAGCUACCGAGUGUGCAGGCGGUACAAUUGCGCUGGGGCCCACGGGCCAGAGGGACCCGGGUGCUUGGUAAUAUGGAGAAGGCGGUGGGCUGGGGAGGGGGGGGGUCCCCAUUUUAUUCUUUGCACCAGGGCCCAUGUAAGCUACGCUAUGCCACUGACCACGAGCUGCACCACCAAACGCGUGUGGGAGAGUGCCAGCGGACUGUGAAUCUCCCACCGGCGUGUGGAGUGGGUGACUACGUUUGCUGUCCAGCAGUGCAGGCAUUGUACUGCAACCAUGAGCAGCAAGGGACAGUCUCCUCUCUACCGUAGAUGCACAGCGGUGGCGUAGUUAUUGAGUGCGCAGGCUGUGCAACUGCCCCGGGCCCCCCACAGUCCAGAGGGGUCCAGGAGCCAGAGUCAUUCUACGGAUAGGGGUGGGAUAUUGGUCACGGGGCCCUAUUUCAUGUCUUACACCAGGGCCCGUGCUAGCUAAGCCGCUGCACAGUCGCCUGCCUCUCACAAAAAUGGCACUCCUGUUUACGUACGAAUGCAACUUCGCGUCCCGUCUCGGCAUUCCGCCUCCCGAGUUGUGAAAGCUCCAAAGGACCCAUGUACUGCCUCACCGACACCCUCGCUGCCUUAACGCUCGCCAGGGCAAAUGACCGCUUUAAGAAGCCGUCAAAAAUCCCAGGCGAAAGAUGAAUACCAUUUUGGCCACAUUGUGAUGUGCAUAUCUACUCUUGGGUUUUCACUUUUUUCGAGGGACUGUGUGAACAUUUACAUGAUAUAAAUUUUAAGUGAAUACAUAGAUUAAUGAGAAGCUUAUUGGUUGUCGAUGUUUUCUGAAGCCUGUGGUAUCGAAAUGGUCAACCGGGUAGCAUUCUUACUCGUGUGCUUCAUAUUCAGCAGUCGCGGAAUCCGACGUUCAUCAGAAUCGAGCAUAUCUGCAAGUAAAUAAUAUGGCUCGGCCAAUUUGUUUUCUCAGCCAUUGACUACUUGUUUCGUAUAUUUGAGGUGUUUAUGGAUGACUUGUCACGAGUUUUUACCUGUGUCACUAGCUUCGCUGUGUGUGUGUUCCUAUUGAGUGCAGGGAAUCUGAUCUGAGCAUAAAUCAUGCUGCCAAGAUGGGGGGAGUUGUCUUGCCGGCACUGAUGCUUCCUUGCCGUGUGAAUGAUGAUACAUGCAACAUAUAGUCUGUAAACUGUGGUAGCAACUGCAGCAUUUAUUUUCUGACAUUGACAGUUUUUGUGGCCUUCAGUAAAGAGUGGGGAAGGAUUACAAUGAUAUCACCUACUGUACUGAACUCAUGCAGGGUUACACCAUCCAUAGAGUUGGCACUGCGACUUUUUACAACUGAAUAAAGGUAUGUUACAAUGCAAAAAGGCA